AUGCCCACUGUAAUCCCUUCACCUUCUUGGUCGAAUGCUGAACUAUCAGCAGCGGACAUCGCCUCCCUCCCUUACUCCAAGUGGAUUCAGGAAGAUCUUGCUCGACCCCUCGUUGCUUUGUCGUUCAAAGGAAAGAUCAGGCUCACAGGCCACUACGUCAAGCUAGGCAAAGGGUCCUGCUCCCUCGUUUUUCCUGGAGAGAUAAUCCAAGCUGGCCAAGUUCAUCAGGUCGCGGUGAAAGUCUAUCAAACUGAUAUAGCUGACGCACAGAUGAUGGCGAGAGAGAUCAAAGUACUGCGGAUGUCGAGGCAUCCCAAUAUUGUAUAUUUCCAUGGUGUUGUUGCUACGCCUCAUCCAACAUCUUCCGACCUAUCCGAUUUUCGGAUCGUGACCAGCCUAUGCGAGGGAGGAGACAUAUUGAGUUAUCUUGCCAGAAACCAGAAUGCUCAUCGCAUGUCUCUGAUUCAUGACAUGGUUGCUGGCAUGUCUUAUCUGCAUGGUAACAAUAUAGCCCACGGUCGCAUCGAACCUAAAAAGGUGCUCGUCAGGCUCGUUGAUGGCCGAGCGUGUGCGGUCCUCUCAAGUUUUGCAUCCGCUCGAAUCCUCGGUGACAUCACGUCGUCCGAUUGGUACGAAGGGAUAUAUAUCUAUACUCCACCUGAAAAUGCUCCCUCCAAGUCCUCCACGCCAUUGGCGACCAAGGAAGCAGACAUCUAUGCGUUUGGGUUUACAGCUCUUAAAGUUUUGAGCACCUUAGAAGUUACCUAUUCCACAGACGAGGCUGGGGCCGCCACCGCUGCAUUCUUCUGGGCAGGAAAUCGCCCGUCGCGCCAGGCUCACGCUGGACCGGAACUCACUCUCGAAGUGUGGCAAUUGAUUGAGGAAUGUUGGAAUGCUGAACCAAAGAACCGACCCAUUGUGGAAGAAGUCAUUGCACGGGUAGCCGGACUCGCCAAUAAGAACUGCAUAUAA